GGCAAGUAAAAAUAAACCGUCAUUACGUAUUAUUCACCAUGACUUGCUGAAUUGACAUAUAGAAGGGAGGAGUAGGAAAUUUACUGGCAGAGUGUUGAUCAUAAGGUCAGAAUUUGUUCAUAAUUUGGAAUCGGAGGUUUUUUUUCCCCGUAGGGUGUAAUUUUGUGCCCGCGUACAAUAGGCAAGUGGUCUUUAUUUCAAAAUGCUGGUUCCAGGAUUGCAGUUAUUUGGAACUGCUCUCUGUGCACUGCGACUCCUGUCUACACGUACAUCUCCAGUCAUGGCAUCAACUCCGGAAGAUUGGAAGAAUGCUUCAUCCAUUUACGAUUUCACUGUAAAAGAUAUAAAUGGACAAGAUGUGUCCCUGGAAAAAUAUAAGGGUCAUGCGGCAAUUAUUGUGAAUGUGGCCUCAAAGUGUGGUCUUACUGCUACAAAUUACAAGGAGUUAGCAGAGCUUCAUGACAAUUAUGCUGAUUCCAAAGGUCUCCGUAUUUUAGCUUUUCCUUGUAACCAGUUCAAUAGCCAGGAACCAGGAAAUUCAGAAGAGAUUGUCUGUUUUGCCAAAUCUAAGAAUGCAAAGUUUGAUUUGUUUGAGAAGAUUGAUGUCAAUGGAAACAAUUCACAUCCACUGUGGAAGUAUCUGAAGUACAAGCAAGGCGGGACUCUGGGAGACUUCAUUAAGUGGAACUUCACCAAGUUCAUAAUUGACAAGAAUGGACAGCCCGUUGAGAGGCAUGGUCCUAAUGUUGAUCCCGCUAAAUUGGUGUCAAACUUGGAGAAGUACUGGUAAAAAUCCUUGGAGGUUGAACAGUAUAGAAAUGUAACUUGAAAGCUGUGGCAGGAAUUUUGAAACUGAUCGGAUAGCAGUGUUUAAGUACAGUGCAGAGGUCAUUGUAUCAACAUUCUUGCUUCAGCAAGGUGAAUUAUCAUGUGGCUUAACUGUUAUGAGUAUAAUUUGCAGAUAUUGUAUUCACAUGUCAGUUAGGAUUGGUACUGUUUACAUAAAAUUUAUUUUUUAAGUAAUCAGCACAGAAUCAUAGAAAUAAUGAAGUUGUAGUUUUCUGAAAUCAUAGUUUUCACUCCACACUCAGUGUUUAGUUCAUUUGUCUUAGAAUUGAAUGUUCUACGUAAAUAAUACUCUGAAGUCUUGAACUGUAGACCAAGCAAAUUGUUGAUUUUAUUUAAUUCCAUUUGCAGUAAGUUGGUUUCACUUCUUAUUGUAUUCUAGCAAAGUAAAGUAGUUGUACAUCUGCAGAUUUAAUAAAUGUAAAGAACUUGUUCCAAAUAGUAUGUGAAACUUGUAAAUUACUCCCAAAACUGUGGGACUUAAAUGUUAAUCACUAUCCCAAACAAAUAAAGUUCCUGUAGGUCCUAUACUUGGACAUAUCAUUUCACAGCUCC